GUUGACUAUGAGCACUGCGAAGUAACGAUGGACGGAAUGCAAAAGGGACUCGGGCUCGCAAAAGAAAACAGCUCUGAGGAGUAGCAACUGUGUACUAUGCACAAUUCUGUGCACCAGUAUUUACGACCCGGAGAGAGAAAAGGAGAGUCUUCUUCCGUUCAGUGGCAUUAUGGGGAACACCCUGAAUCGGUUUAUUUUUAAUAACCCCGUCGAGGGGUGCUACGAAAAAUUCCGCUUGGACUUUAUUUUUGUUGAAACGGAGUGCGGGGACAGAAUUGCGGCCCACUUCAUCAAUAGGAAAGCCCCACUAACCAUUUUGUUCUGCCAUGGCAAUGGUGAGAACAUCUACAUGUUGUAUGAUUACUUUUGCGAGGCGUCCAAAAUAUGGAAUGUGAACGUGUUCUUGUACGAUUACCCCGGAUACGGAGAGAGCACCGGAACGCCCAACGAAAUGAGUAUGUACCAAAGUGGAAGAGCGGUGUAUGACUACAUGGUGAACGUCUUAAACAUAAAGGCAGAGAGCAUUGUGUUGUACGGGAAGUCCAUAGGUUCGUGCGCUGCGAUCGACAUAGCCAUCGUGAGGAAGGUAAAAGGAAUAAUUCUGCAGAGCGCCCUAAUGUCCCUCCUGAACAUUUGCUUUAAAACGCGGUUUAUCCUGCCGUUCGAUUCUUUCUGCAACAUAAAGAAGAGCCUCUAUGAAAAGUGCAAACUGAAAGUGCAUCCCUACUGGGUUGUCGGCGGCAAGCACAAUGACAUCGAGUUGAUUGAGAACAAGAAGUUCAACGACAGCAUAAAGUCUUUUUUGAAGUUUCUGCGUAAUGUGUA